UUUUGGCGACAGUCCUAGGAAAAGCGGCGCUAAUAACAGAUUUAUGGACGAAAUAUACCUAUAUUGCUAUCCCUGGUUCAUUCGUUUUCUGGGUGUUUUUCAUAAUCAUCUAUGGCACGAUCGCUCCGAAACUGAAAUUUUCAGAGGAAUACCAUGGAAUCGUCCCAAAGCUGUUUUCAAGUCCAGUAUUUUAUUUCACUAUUUUGCUUAUUCCAGUGAUUUGUCUUCUGCGAGAUUAUACAUGGAAAUAGAAAUACAAAAAUUCAACAUUCCCGAUUACCGACCGCGUAUGGAACAAUUCCAAAAAGCUGUCAGAAAAGUUCGUGCGGUACAACGAUUACGAAGAACUCGUGGUUUUGCGUUUUCUCAGAACGAGUCAGGCCAAGAAGCUCACCUCAUCAGAGUAUACGAUACUACUGUGGCAAAACCCAAGGGUUAA